CCACAUUACCGCAGCACCUUCAGCGCUGCGGGUUGCAGGCCAUGGGCACUCGACGAGCGAAACGCUGAUGACUGCGGGUGCCCCUGCGGCUCUAUUCAUAGCAGGAAACAGAAAAACAUUUUCUGUUCGGUCGUCUUGUCGUUGUCUGCGUGGCUGGUUGGAGUUGUCGCCUCAGGCAAGGGCACCCCACAACAGGAACUAUCGAAGCACGUCCAAUAGUCUCUCGUUGGUGCGACGCAUCUUCCCGACAAUCAACGUUGUUUCCAGCGGCUUUGAGUACAUGAACGUGAAACACUCAAAAGGGUUUUUUAAAGACGACGGUUACCCGGAAACGUAACGACCGUCACACAUCUUCGACACCAUUACUAUUUUGGACCAUCGGUCUAGGCGAGCGCAGGCGACUGGGUGGUUCUACUUAGCACCUUCGAGUAGCGGAGGCAGUCCCAUCGGGUGCAGUGUGGACAGGUGUACACCUCCGUCAACAUGUCGUCCUCGUUGCGGUAUCUGCUUCCGUGGCACUGGCUCCCUUUCCGGCUCUUCUCACGGCGCAAGAGCGAGACGGACUACGAGACAAUCCUUGAAUCACUAGCGAAAGAUGUCGUCAAGGUCCAGUCGCGUCUGACGCAGAUCCGGCAACGCGAACGCCGCGCGAUGAUCACCAUUCCAUUCUACAUUCUCGUCAUCUGGGCUUUCCACACGUGGCUAUGCUGGUACAUGGCCUGGCUGGGCCCACUUUCCGAGGUGCCUGCGGCGCUGCUGUCGGGCGAAGAGCUCCAUUGGAAAAAGACGGGCAGCUGGCUACCUGUCCUGUCCACACCAGUGGGGUUGCUCUUUGGACGAAGAAUCGUGCGGUGGUGGUACAAGCGCAUCGCAACUGCGGAGGAGAAGCACUUGCGCAGGCUUAGAAAGACACAGCGCAGCAAAAUUGAAGAAAUUAAGAAGGCGACGCGGUAUGACCACUUGCGCAUGCUUCUGUCUAAAUAUGACGACACUCAAGGCGCCACGAACACGCCAAGACGGCCAAGCCCAGGCGUACCAUCUGGUGGCAGCACUGCAAGGGUCGAAGGCCAGCAGCAGCAGCAAUUGACGCACAUACAACAGCAACAGCAGGUGCAGAAGGGGCUGGGGACACAGUCGUCCAUGGACAAUCCACAGCGAAGAAGCAUGUCCAAUCCAAGUCAACUGGGUAUCCACCUCAGGCAUAGUGAAACCGAGAAAAGCCCAACGGAAGUCGGAGAAAAUGGCGCCGCCUUUGCGUCAAAGCAACACCCGAACUUUCCGCACAAAGCAUCGAACGGCAGUCCCGUCGUGCAGCAGGUGGACACAGUCCUUGCUGCAGCCAAGAAUGGGAAUGCAUCUGGCAGUGAAGACGUGCGACCAAGGCUGUCCAGUGACUCAGUGCAGCAACAGCAGCAGCGGGCAAAUCAGCAAGCGACCGCAUUUUCGGCGUCGAGCGCACACGAUGUUCAUAUACCAUCGUCUAUCCAACAGCAACAAUCCUACCGGAAACCGCUUCCACUUGCCCAAAUUCAACCGCAAGUCCAAGCGCCGUCUCGGACCUUCCUGGAUAAAGUGGCAGACUUGAUGCUCGGACCGGACCCAACUACGCGCGGUCCCGGGCCUGAGCAGCGGUACGCGCUCAUUUGCCCAGAUUGUAAGCGACACAAUGGCCUGUGUAUGAAGGAAGAUUGGGAAGAGAUCCAGUACAUUUGCCCUAAUUGUGGCCGCUUUAAUUCAAAUAGGCCUUCGACGGUACCGACAUCGUGGCCUUCUGGCGGGGGCGGGCGUGCGCGCGUCGAUAGCAAUGCGUCCAUUCGCUCCUUCCUAUUUUCCGCUUUCGGCGUCGGCGGAGCGGGGGGAGGAGCAGCAGCCGGACAAUUGACUCAACCGCCACAUUCGGCCGAUGCGACAUUGAGUCGAUCUAUGCAGCGCAUCAGUAGCAGCCAUCUAGUGACCAACACAUCUGCGCUGAGAAGUGGCACUGGCGCUGCGCCUGGCGAGUCUAAUUCACACGUGUCCCUACCAAGCACGCCGGCAAAGAAAGCUCCCUCGCUAGGGCUGGCAGAUACUGGCAACAAUGUCUAUCAGUUCAAGCCGGAAGGAAAAGAGACCCUUUCAAGUAGCAACGACAGCGCAGUCCUCAGUCCCAUGAUGUCGGACGAGUACAACCACCGCUUGGGAGGGGAUGCAAUAACUAGUAUGCUAAUGGCCAAGGGCGGUGGAAAGAAAAGGGCGGUGGAUAAAACGUCAGAAGUGGAAAUUCAAGAGGUGCUGAUGACGCCUGAUCAGAAUGUCGAGGCUGAGCUAAAGCUGAAGCUUGGCAACCUGAGGAGACGAGUGCGCGCUCCAUCCGACAGCGCACGAGGGCAGGACGAGGAGGAUACGCCCCCGCCCUCCGCCUCGCUGAUGGACGGAGAUGCGGACAUUUCGAUGGAAAUCCAUCGUCGGAGAUAAGAUAAUUUGAGGCGUGACAUUCAAGGGCGACACUCAGGAAAGGUCAUGUCUCAACUACUGUAUCUUACUAUCAGAACACCGCCGCAAUCGCAUCGA